AUGAUCAAUAAGAUGGAUGAUAUUGAAAAAUGUAUUCAGAAUGCCAUUGAAGUCUAUAAUGGCAAUCAAAAACAAAAAAUCCUACCUCUGGCAUGCAAAUUCAACAUUCCUUAUCAACAUCUUCAAUACACAUUUCAAACCUGUGAUAUCUACAACUUUGAUGAGAUUGGCGUUCAAGAAGAUCAAGGAUGUGGAGAAUAG